AUGUUCAACCUUGAAUACCGCCAGAAGCUAGACAAGCAGUUCAAGACGUCCAUCAAAGUUGUUGAGCAGCAACAGCGUCAGGCUGCCAAGGUCCUCAAGCACACUGGGGACCUGAUUCAAGACACAUUUGUGGAGAUGUUGCGCGCAGUCGCCCGCAUCGUCAACAUGCUGAGAAAUGGCAUCAGAGCUCACGCAAUUUGCAGCAAGGAGACGGUGCAUGAGUGGCUGAACCAUCAGGAGCUCUGCCACCAAGAGACCCGCAAGGCGCAGAGGGAGCUUUGCAAGGUCUCCUUGAGCAAAUGCCUCGACUGGCAGGCCAAGGUGGAGAAGAGCCACCAAGAGAAGAUGGCCCACUGCAAGAUUGAGGAGGUAGACGCCAUCGGCGCUCAAGUCCUGCGCAAGGUUCUGCACUUCACCACGUUUAUCCAAGGACUUGAGGAGCAGAAACAUGCUGAGCGAUGGAGUUAG